AUGGCUGCCCUUCUCACUCCACCUCCCGUCGAUAUCACUCCCAGUUUGGCCAGCUUUCCAAACAACUCCGUUCGCGAUCUGGAGGCGUGCCGAUUUACUCUCGAUCCCACUACUCCUGGCGCGCCUGCAGCCGCAGUUGUUGCCGGCAACAGCGACUCUGUUUCCAUGACCGACUUGAGUCAUCAUUCUGUCGAAGUCAUUGGUCACGCCCUGCCUUUCUCCGGUAUUGAUCAGCUCCUUGUGGCCGACAGUUUACACCGAGUUCGCCUUUUCAAGUUUGGCUACACAACUUCAGCAGCCGCAGCUGUGGCCAGCCGCGAAUUAGAGGACCUCAAUCCCCUUAUCCAAGUCGCCAGUGUCGCGACAACGACCGCGCUGACGACCGCA